UCAAACUCGUUUCUCAGGUCCGUUUGCAUGUUUUUUCAUACCUGACUACAAGGUAAACGGGCCAGAGUAAAACUUAAGAAACUGCGAGUGGUUGAGGCGCAGAAUGAGCCCUGGUAAAUGGCGUGGGGUCUGAUCACUGGGUGCCUGCCCCGACCACCCCAUCGGAUGUUGCUGUUUGUGGAGCUUUUGCUGCUGGGAUUCUGUGUUAACAGCGGGACAGGUGCAUCAUCUCAUCAAGCAUCUCAUCUGUCUGCCUAUGAAAUCACAAUUCCUAAACUUAUACGGGAACAGCUGAAACGAAAUGUUGACCAGGAACAAUGGACGGAUUGUGAAUCAUAUUCAAUUGAUUUGGAAGGCAAGGAGUAUAUAUUAAAACUAGAAAAAAAUAAGAAGCUGCUUAGUAAGGAUUUUGUGCAAUAUACAUUUGGUAAAGGUGGCAAAAUGAAGUCAUCUCAACCCAAGAUUCAGGUCCACUGUUAUUACCAUGGGAUUGUGGAAGGUGUUAGUAAUUCAAAGGUUUUGCUCAGCACUUGUGAGGGCAUCAGGGGAGUUAUUUAUAUUCUUGAAAAAGGUUUUGUAAUUGAGCCCUUGGAAGGUUCAUCCACAUUUGAGCACCUAAUCUACCGAAUGGAAGACCUGGAGGCAGAACCCUCUGUGUGUGGUGUACCUCACCAUGACAGUCCUGCGACUCAUAGCCAUCAUCACUUGAACUACGGAAGUUUACUACAGAAUCCGAGGGUAAAGCGUGCAGUUGUACCAAAAACCAAUUAUGUGGAGUUGGUUUUGGUUGUUGAUAAUGACAAAUAUAAUCUUCACAACAGAAAUGAAACUCUGAUUCAGCAUCAAAUGGUUCAAUUGAUUCAUACUGUAAAUGGAAUGUAUAGCUCUCUGAAUGUUGGUGUCAUAUUGACUGGUCUGGUGAUCUGGAAAGAUGAAGAUCAGAUUGCUAUCACUACAAAUGCUGGGGAGGUUUUGAAUAAUUUUGUAAGGUGGCGUCAACGAGUCCUGCUCCCUGAGAAGCAACAUGACAGUGGACAUCUGAUUCUAGGUAAAGCACAGUUUAGAGGAAUUCUAGGACUGGCCUUUGUGGGCACAGUCUGUUCUUCCGGGCUUGGAGGUGGAAUUAAUGUCUUUGCAGACAGUAAUCUGGCAAGGGCUGCAACACUUCUUGCUCAUGAAUUAGGGCAUAACAUGGGCAUAGGACAUGAUAAUAAUCGACCGUGUAAAUGUCCAGACCCUCGUUGCAUCAUGUAUGGUUCUCUUACAGAGUCCACGAACUUCAGUAACUGCAGUGAGAGUGAUUUUUUAAACCUGAUUGUGAAUAGAGGAGGAUUAUGUCUUCAAAAUAAACCCAAUGUGGAAGAUGAAUAUUCCUUACCAUCCUGUGGCAAUAAUAUUGUGGAUGAGGGAGAGGAAUGUGACUGUGGAACACCAGAGAAAUGUACCAAUCCCUGCUGCACUGCACUCACUUGUACUUUAACAUCGGGAUCAGACUGUGCCCAUGGAGAGUGCUGUAAAGACUGCAAAUUCCAUCCUGCAGGAACUUUAUGCAGAGCCGCAGAUGGUGCCUGUGACCUCCCAGAGUACUGCAAUGGCUCAUCGCCCUUCUGCCAGCCUGAUGUCUUUAUCCAGAAUGGAUAUCCAUGUGCAAACUUUACAACAUACUGCUAUGAAGGUGUAUGUCAGACCUAUGACCAACAGUGUCAGGCUCUCUUUGGCUCCACUUCACAGCGUGCACCAGAUAAAUGUUUCCUACAUGCAAACUCGCAAGGGGACAGGUUUGGGAACUGUGGACUCCAAAAUAUGAAAUUCAUUAGCUGCAAGCCAAGCAACGUUGCCUGUGGUAAAAUUCAAUGUAUUAAAGUGACAGAGAAACCUUAUGGUGUUGACACAAGCACUUCAUUUAUUGAUGGUAUUGAAUGUGUGAAUGCUGACUUCCAUGUGGGCACAGAUGUCACUGAUCCUUCUUAUGUGAAUACAGGCACUGGCUGUGGCAAGGACAAGGCCUGCAAAAACUUUGAAUGUGUUAGCGCUGACAACCUGGGAUAUGAUUGUAAUGUCACAGAGAAAUGCAAUAACCACGGUGUUUGCAAUAAUAAGAAGAACUGCCACUGUGAUGAUGGGUGGGCACCACCUGAUUGUGCAACUCGUGGACAUGGAGGAAGCAUAGAUAGUGGACCCACACGCAUAGAUACAUCACUUCGAGAUGGCUUGCUGAUAUUUUUCCUUUUGGUGGUCCCAGUCCUUUUAUUGAUUGGCGUGUUAAUUUUUUUCAAACGUAAUGCAAUAAAGCAAUCAUGGAGAAAGAGGAAUUCUUCACACAGAAGAGCACAAAAUAGAAGACAACAACAGAACACUCCCUCAAACCAAAACAAUCAGAAAAAUAAUGCGACUCUUUCCACAACAAGGACAAGGGUCUAUGAGAAUGUCACUCCACAGAGGCCAGGUACUUCAACAGAAAAUCAAGCUUCUCCUGCACCAAGAUAUCAAACUCCUGUUGUACCUUCUAGACCUCCUGUGCCUCCAAGACCUCCUGUGCCUCCAAGACCUACUGUGCCUCCCAGCAUCUAAGUUUGGUCUACAGCAGUUAAUGGAAAUCUAGUAUUUGAAUUAUAUUUUGUCAUAUUGCUGAUUGCAUAAGAAUCUCAGAAAAGCAAACGCCAAAACAAAAAACUACUUGGUUUCCUCAUAUUAUUGCUAAUUAUAACAAUCCCUAUUAAAAAAUGGUUACUCUAGACAUAGUGCUGUUGAAGUUUUAAUAGAAAUGCAGCACUUUAGAGUCAUGGUUGGGAUUACAUUAGAGUUUAGGAAGCAAAGUUACAAUCUCAGGAAUAUUAUUUUUUAAAUAGAACUACACAGGCAAAAACUGAAAUUGUUAAUAACAGUACUUUACAGAUGAGAUAGCCAACUCAUGGUAGCUUGAUUUUAUUACUUAGAAAAUAAUCAUUGAUCUUCAAAGUUUGGAUCACACAGUGCCAUGCCUGAACUGUACAUAAAGUUGCUCAGGCAAUUUAUAGUCUUCCAAGACACCUAUCUUAAAUAAAAUAAAUUCUUGAAACAUGUAAAUAGAGAUGCCACUGCAGAUGUAGGACCAUGACUGUAAAAUUCAGAUCCAAAAUGCAAGAACACAUCGCAAGUAAACCACCUAAUUAUUCCCAGGUGCGGAGUGGCCUAACCAGUGAACCUUAAAAAGUCAUGAAAAGUACAGGAAUUUUUUGCUUAUCUUUAUGGGACUAGGAAAACCAAAAGUUCCACUCUGGGCAUCCCAGAAGUUCUGAGCCAUUGCUACCCCACCCCAUUCCCUAGGCACGGUCUUCCACUUAGUUCACCAUCACAACGUACUGGAUUCCUGUCCUCUCCAGGUGGGCUUCGACCAUUAUCCAAAGGCUGAAGUGGACUUAAGUAAAGCCAUUACUCUGUUGACUGGUUCUGGGCAGUGAAAUUUCUUGACAGGGCUAACCAGUAUGUGCCUUCGCAUUUGUUUAUUUUAUGUUCAUUUACUUACUGCACAUUAUAAAUGUGCAUGUUCCUCGUAGCCAUCACUAUAUGUGUCUACAUUUAUCUUCCAAUCACCACCAUUCUACUUGCAUGGACCCACUAUAUGUAUAUUUUUGAUGCAGAAUAAUUUUUGAUCAAAAGUGAAAAGUAGUUGCUUACACAUUGGCAUUAUCAGGGACACCAAGGUCAAAUGUAAUAAAUGGAUACUUUAUUGGGAAGGAAGUUGUCAAUUCAUUCGCAACUACUUUUAACUUUCUGGAAGAAUGAAAUCAAAUUGGUUGAAAGGCUUGUGAUUUUAUAAUGUAAAAAUGGAAAAUGCCACUUUAACAGUGAUUUAGGUUGAAAUACUUUAAAGGAGAUGUUUUUCCAAGCUGAUCCACAAAGAAUUCUUCAGAGCUUCAAUAUUCCACAGCUAAAUUGCUUCAAGCACUUUGUUUGAAUUAUUUGUCCACAAAAAUAAAAUGUUAACAAAUACUUUUAGUAGAUCUCCCCAUGAAAAUAUAAUAUUAAAACUCCACUUCUAUUUAAUUUUAAAAUUAUUAAAUUAUCAUCAGUAUAAUCCAAUGGUAUUUGAACUACCUGAGCGAAGAGUAAAAAAUUUAACAUUUGAAUCUAAUGGUUUGUAAUUUUUCUACAAAUCCAAAUCAAGAUCUGCUGCUGAGGCCAGGUUAACUGUUAGGAUAUUGCUCUGGACACAAGAAAGGGGAAAGUUUCCACCGAUGUGUGAGUUCUUGAGGGUAAAUGUCACCUUCCUGGAUCUUCACCUAUAUUGGGACCACCUCUUAUAUACUUAAAUUCCUGGCUAACCACAAGGAAUGGCUUUUACAGGUGUAUUCAUUAGGAAAUUUGAGAGGAUAUAAAAUUAUAUCUAAAACUGAAAAAAUUGCCCUGUAAAAACUUAAGAGAUGAAUUUCACAGAUCUACUUCUGACUACUUAAUGACUAGAAUAUCCAGAAAGCAACGUGUGUACAUUGUUAAAUAAAAAGUAAUUAAUAUAAUAUUUCUAAGUAGAACCUUUUGUUCUUUGGAAAAGUAACUUCCUGCAGAUAUGCUUCUUUGACGUCUACUAGACAGAAGCCAACAUUAAACACAUCUGCAUUGUCUGAGAUUAUUGAGUAUGAUUUGUCUCCUUGCCAAUUACAAUCUUAUUCUUUAAAAAGUGGGAUUGAAAUUUAUCUUUUGAGAUUUGCAAUAAACAUGCAUUGCAUGAUGGUUGUACGAGGUUCCAAAAUUCAAUUCUGUUGAAGUUGGUGGAACUGAAUUAUGGGAGUACCAUGCCCAGUCACAAUUACACAUCAUAUUUAACACAAGACAACGAGUACUUUUUAAUGUUUUGCCUGUUAAAACACCUUAAGUGUUCUGUCUAUGAAAGAAUAGGGAUUGCUCUUAAAUUACACCUUCCUCCAAAUAUUGCAAUUUUGAAUUUUAAACAGAUAUGAUUGAUUUUGAUCAUGAUAUUUUGUGCUGUGGUAAAUCACAAUGGGAUUAUAAAAUAACUGUUCUUGAACCUAAAGGUGUUACAAUUAAAUCAAAUAUUGUACUGUAUUACUGUAUAAAACUGUAUUCCAUGAACUAGUUUGGUAAGAAUCAUCUGUAUUUAUUCAUUUGAAUUAUCAUUCAGCUAAUUAAUGCAGAAAUCUUUAAUUUUAUACCUAUUGUGAAAAAAACAGAAUGCAGAAGAAUGUUUUACUCUGUUAUUCUCUUGUACAUAUUCUGGGGAUGUGAUAUCCAGUCAUAUAGCUCAGAACUCUCAGUAUUUUGAAAAUAUAGAUUCAUAAAUUUGCUAUGUUUUUCUAAUGAUCACUAAAUGAAGGAAAUGAUACAGUAGAAAUUUGUAGUUAUAUAAUGUAAGCAAUUCCAGAAUUCACCUAGUACUUCUAUGUAAAUGCCACAAAUUGUGUUUCAGCACUUGUUUCUAAUCACAUUACCUCUUCUUAUUAGGAACCACACUAUUUCUAUAACAACAGUUACUUCUCUUAAGCACAGAAGCACACUCUCAGGUAUUCAUGGAAGUGGUAUCAACAAAAUUAGACAGAAAACCACAUGAGAAGGUAUUAGUGCAGAUUGCCAAAAGCUUGGUCAAAGUUUUAAGGGUGUCUUAAUGAAAGAAAGGAACAUAGAGCACCAGGAAUGCUCAGGGAGGAAAUUCCAUGGCGUAAGGCCUUGGCAGAUGAAGGCAUGGCUGUUGUGGGAGGUCAGUAACCCUCUGCACCUACAGCAUCCAAUUGAAACUCAGGUUCAUUUGUUCACUGGUUUAUUUAAGCAUAUACAAGGAAACUACCCAGAUACAGAUUUCUGCAAUGACUUUAAAAUCACACUCAUGCAGACAUAAUUAUACUCUGGGCAUAAUUAUAUGUGACCUGCAUCAAUUAAUUCAAAGGUUACACAUCAGAGAUGAGCACUUUCUUGACCAAUGAACAUUUAAUUAUGACUCCUUGACUAGCCCAAGAUGAGAUCUCUGUCCCUGGUCAGUAUCUGUUCAUAAAACAUCCCUUUGAUUCAAUUAAUCAUUCAGUGCCACAUGUCUUCAAUGGUCAUUUGUGUUCAAAGGGCUGUUAAUAGUAGCCACAUUUCAUCUGGUGAACACAAAUCUAUCACUUCUCUCUGCCUUGCUGCAGAGGGUAAUUGUUUUAGGAACAACUUUACAGUAUCUUUUACAUAUGGUGGCAACAGGGCAACUAGGUCUUCCCUAUACAUCUCCAUCUAUAUUGCCACAGACAUUACUACUUCUACCUUCCUAUAAUUCUAAGCAACAAGAUGUUACCUUAAAGAGAACUUUCCAGUGGGAUUGUUUGUUAAUAAUUGUACUCCCACUCUGUUUAGUAGGGCAGGGAUGUUUUCUGUUUGUAUUCGGAAAACAUUUUUCUUGCUUUAGGUUUUAGAUGACUUGUGUCUCUACCUUUUUACAUUCUGACCCUGAGCACUACAGUUUUGUGCAGAUCGUGCGGGAUUGAUGAUUAUUCUGAAAUAAUUACCAUUCGGUAUUAUUUCAUAAAAUUUGAAUUUACUUUGAUUUUUAAUUUUAAAUUUCAACUUUGAUUUAAUUGCUUCUACUUCACUACUUUUUAGUAAAAUUAAUACUUCAGAAACUCAUCUUCUAUGUUAAUUGUAUGGAUCCAAUGUUCUACUUUAAGAUAUUCAGUUUGUGGCUUCAGUAAACUAUAAGGAGGUUAAGUGAAACUUUUGGCAUCAGUUAAAGCAACCUAUAAUUCCAUGUUACAGCUUGUGUCAACAGUUCCCCAACCUUACCAGCUUAUCGUGCACUCAUUACUUAAUCUCUCUACAUCCUUUUAUCUGCAUCUUUAAACUUAUUAAAAAUCUCUACAUUUGCAGAGCAUUUCUAGUUUGAUUUUAUUUCAGUUUUUCUAGCAUCCACAGUAUUUUGCUUUUGUAUAUUAUAUGAAAGAAAUGAAACAAGUGAAUUUGUUUUCAA